AUGAUUAGGCGGAAGAAGAAGAUUGCUCUCAUUUUAGACAACUGCCCUGCUCACCCGAAAAUCAAAGGUCUCACAAACAUUACUCUUGUGUUCCUUCCACCAAACACAACUUCUAAAACGCAGCCAAUGGACCAAGGUGUCAUCAAUACUCCGAAGGUCCACUACAGGAAUGCAGCUCUUGACCGUUACAUAGCAGCCAUCAACAACAGUAAGGAAUGCGUAAUCACAGUGCUUGAUGCCAUGCGUAUGUUACGACAUGCUUGGCAGAAAGUAAAGACAGUAACAAUCUCCAACUGCUACCGCCACGCUGGAUUCGUUCUGACAGAAGCCGCAUCUCCCAACGCCCCAUGUGAAUCUGACGAUGAAGAUGACAUCCCCCUAGCCAGAUUACAUGUCUGUGUACUUCCAGGUGAUGUGACUUUGGCCGACUAUGUAAGUGUCGAUGACAACAUUGAAACAUGUGCCCCUUCAUCUGAUGUCGACAUCCUCGAGUCAUUGCUUGGUCCCAGGACCUGUCACAACGACGACUCGUCUGGAUAA